CACAAUACACUCAACAAUGCAAAAGCUUGUAAUGGAAGAAGCCACACUUCCAUCUAACUCUUCCCUGCCUCUCGUCUCUAGGUUAGAUCAUUUGGAGUUCAUUAUCAAAUAUUUAGAAAGGAAACAGAGAGGGGGAAGCAAUGCAUAUGCUGAGAAACAAAGCGUGCCUCUGGAUUUUACUGCAAAGCAGAGUUACUAUAAAGACACGUUAUUGCUGGAUCGGGUGGCUUCCCUUGAACAGAGACUUUUCCAGCUAUGCAUGGAGAUGGAUUCAAGUAGCAGCUCGUACCUGAUGUCCCUGGCUUCAACACAAACCUCAGGCGAGUCUUCGUCCAGCCAGAGCACCAAGACUGAAAUUUUCUACUCUUUCCCUACAUUCACCAUUCCUCACGACAGAGAUAGUUCCCACACCCAUCUCAACACACUCGAUCCUUUACAGAAUAUAAGGGUGCAGCAGGAAAAGACAAGGAGAGAGAAGCAGCAUGAGAUGAAAAAUGAGAGUGCUGCUAAGCAGAAAGAGGAGAAGAGGAAAAGCAAAGGUGGAAAGAAACGAUCAGUGCCGCCUUCUACUUGGCUACAUUUCAAGCUUUUAGGCUGCUAAGUCAUUAUUUCCUCUCAGCACAUUCCUGCUACGUACCUCUUUUCCCAUUUCUUCUUGCCUUUACUAAUUGCUGGACAUUACUGAUACAUGAUGCAAGUACGGGUCUUCUGAUUUUAUCAUGAGAUUUCUGAUUAUCCAAAGCUUUGGACAUUUAUGCGCUUUAAAAUGGUUUGUUCCCUUUAUUUUUAGAUCAGUUACUUGAGACAGU